ACACCCGUUAAACUUAACGAUCCUAUCAAUCCUUGAUUUUCGUUUCUUUUCUUUUCCUAGACUUUCUCAGCAACCAAACACCUGGGAAAACUCAAUUUCACCAUCUCUUGUACGAUUUGCACGGCGAACACUGCCAACCUGUCAUUUCAUGCAUCAGUGCUAGUUGCGCACAAUUUUUCUCCUCUGAACUCCAAUAUUCUUUUGUACCUCAGUUGCCUUCUUACAAAGUUUGUCAAAGAUAUAGAGAUGACAACAGCAACUCCCACAACAAUUUCAGAUUAACUACUCUUGAGAGCGAGAAAUGGAACCACCACAGGCAGGUUCAAGAGGAGCAGAAGCACUUAAACAUUUAUCUCCCGGAUCAUCAAUUUCUGUUGCAUAUCACCCACUUUUUGGACCUUAUGAUGAUCUCGUCCUUCUGGAGAUUGAUGAGAAACUUCUCCCUGAUGUUCUAUGCGAAAGGGUGGUCUUAAGAGGACAGCCUGAUGAAGAUGCAGUUCUUUGUACCCAAUCAAAAACAUAUGCUAUCAAGUUCGUUGGAACUUCCAAUUCUGUUCUGCUUAUACCACCUAGGAAUCAGUCAGAAUUUUAUGAAAAUCCACAAAAGAAUGAUAAUAAUAAUGAUGAUGAUGAAGAGAAAGUUGUUGCACCUGUAAUCAAAGUUGCACCUGGUAACAUGGAGCUUGUAGAGGUAGCCCCCAGACUUGAUAAACUUAAAUUGCUUCUUUCAGAGAAACCUUACAGUUUCGAGGAGUAUGACAUGGGAAAUUUAAAAGAGAAUCAGGAAUCUAGAGUAGGAUUAUAUAACUGGAAUGAUCUUAUAGACAAUAUUCAAGCUAGUGAUGAGGAAUUAAGGUCUGCACUGCAGGCUCUUUCAGCGCUGGAGAUUAAUGGAUAUUGGAGAUUAGUGAGCGAGAGUUACAUGGACAUGAUUCUGGGAAUGCUUUUGAAAAACUCAGUGUUGAAUGACUGGUCACUUGCUGCACUAAAUGAAGAUGAAGUUGUGAGUACACUGGAAUCAGAUGGAUUUCCUGUGGUACUUGCAAGGCAUUGCUUGCAUGUAUAUGGCAAGAAAGUAAACGAUAGAAUUGGUAGUUGUGUCUGGAAGUUGGAUGAGAAGUGGGUAUGCAUACAUUUUGCAAGAGAAAUCCUGAGAGGAGGUAAGAGGAAGUUAGAGAGUUUCAUGGAUGAAUGGAAGCAGAAGACACCAGAUGGAAUGCAGCCCACUUUUGAUUUUGUGGAAGGAGAGGUAUUAACGGAGAGAGUUGGAGUUGAGACAUGGGUUUAUGCCUUCAGUGUUUCUUCUUUGCCUUCCAGUCCAGCUGAACGUUUCUCCAUUCUUUUCAGAGAGAGGCCAAAAUGGGAAUGGAAAGAUCUGCAACCUUAUAUCAGGGAUCUGAAUAUACCAGGUCUCUCUUCAGAAGGUCUGCUACUCAAAUACACUCGAAGGACACAACCAUCACCUGAUACAGAACCAGUUUUUAGUGCAAGAUAAUAUGUACUUGUGUAUCUUUCAGUCCCCCUUACUUCGGAUUAACCAUGUCUAGUACCUACAUGUAAAAGUUUAGAAUUAUCUUGUAUUUGCACUUCUGGUUAUUUUCAAGCAUAUUCAUAUACAUGUGCGACUAUAUAAAAUCUAGAUUUAUUACAAUACCUACUAUUUAAGGCGCGCUUAGCAGAAGUAACUCAUGCUAGAGUGAUAAGCUUUAUGUCUUCCCUUCCAUAUUUGAAGAUUACUCAUCGCUUUUAAAAGAAUGUAGAUCGACCAAAAUACUGAGACUUGAAAGAGAAUUGGUGAAGGUACAAGCUUUGACGUCAGAAAUGGAUUGCCUCGUGUAUUUGCUUUUACAGAUUUCCUUCACUUGUGUUGUUUUCCCAACUCCUCAUCGCUUAUAUCAUCAUCAAUAUGAGCCAAACUGCCUAUUUGAUGGAAAACCCUGCUCCGGGUAACACAAGUAAUUAAGAUAUAUUAUU